CCUGAAAAACGAACGAAUUAGUUUCCAUUGUUAAACCUUUCAUUUGCAUUGAACUAAUACUACAGGAAAUAUCAAACAACAAUUACAGCAAUGGAUUGCGGCGGUGUUUUUGUGAAAUAUGUGCUAUUCAUAUUCAAUAUUCUGUUUGUGAUAUGUGGCAUUCUACUCAUCACAUUCGGGUCCAUUAUGGUCUCCACCAUCAAAGACUUUUCGAGCAUGGAUGAGACCUUCACAGCGAACAGUGUGGCCAUCAUAAUCCUGGUCCUGGGCUGCAUCAUCUUCCUCGUUGCAUUCAUGGGUUGCUGCGGUGCCAUACGCGAGGAUGCCUGCUGCCUGACCACGUACUCGAGUGUGAUGAUGGUGCUGCUCAUCAGUCAAUUGGUUUUGAUCAUUUACGUGUGGGUGGAUCAUGUUCAGAUCCAGCAAUCUCUGGAGAAAAUUGUGCAGACCAUUUGGGAUCAGCGCAAAACGGACAGCAUUCUCCUGGACACCAUGCAGCGUACCUUCAAGUGCUGCGGUCUGCAUAGAUUCGCAGAUUAUGGUACCUCCUACCCAGCUUCCUGCUGCGAUUCACCUACCAAUGGCAGCUGUACCCUAAUGUCGGUCAUGACGCGCCCUGGCUGCCUGGAUGCGGUUGACUCGUUCUGGGACACCAACGUGAACAUCAUCAAGUACGCCGGCCUUGGCGUCACCGCCGUUGAGCUUGUGGCCUUUAUAUUUGCUUGCUGCCUGGCCAAUCAAACACGCAACUCCCAGAGACGCCAGAACUAUUAAGCUCCAAAGUUAUUAGCUGUUAAGAAACAUCUCCUGUUGAAAUAUUUCAAGAUUUAAAUAAAACGAAAACUUCCGUGAACUCA